CGCAGUUGCUAAGCACCGCCCAGAGAACAGACAGAAACGUAUAGUAACCUACUUAUUUUUUCAGCAUCCUGUCAUGAUUUUUGGCUGUUACUUUCUCAGUACUCACGAAAUAACGUUAAAAUGUUAAAGUUUUAAGGUGACAGCAGCAAGCAAGCCUCUGUUCUAACUUUAAAGUCGUACUAGCAGAUAAUUGACGUUACAUAGACGCAUUUCUGCACCACAGUCAAUUGUAAACUCGGAGUUAGAUUUUAUUUAUUCUUUAAUGGGGCGAUUCAAGAGCCGUGUUGGACGUGCCACUGGAUUACAAAACAAACGAGAUACACCCAUGAAACCAGCACUGACCAGACGAGACAGAGGAAACAAGCACAGCAGACUUCUAUCCAAUAAGCAUUAUGAAGCAUUUCCAGAAGAACCAGAGGUGGAGGAGAUGCAUGUUAAAACAUCCAACCAGGUGUGGACCAGCAUUACACCUGUCCACUGUAAAUCUGUGUUACACUUGAGUGGCCCUGCAUUUACUGAAAACCCCAGAGACAAAGCCGUCCUGCCUGCUGCGCCAGCUGAUAAAAAAUCUGGCCGUCGAGUGUUAUCAGGUCACCCUGCUGUUCAGAUGACCCCUGACCCAGAGGCUUUUAAAUCUGGUGAAAAGCCAGUUAAAGAAGAGCAAAACCUGUCAGUGACACCACCAGAGAGCGUCAUAAGUUCUAGCAUGGAGUCAGACAUGACUUUCAGCUCUGAUGAGGAUGAUGAUGAUGAGGAAGACUGUUACUCUUCCACCUCUACAACUUCCAGCAGUCUUCCCUCCCCGGAAAUCUUCAGAAAAGAGAACUAUGUGGAAACGUUGACUUUCCCCAUUGAGGAUGAUAUGCUGGGCCUCCAUCUUCACAUAAAAAAUUCCACCUUGCUGGAUGUGAGCUACGCUGAGAGCAUCCACAUGCAUCAUCCCCCCAACAUUUCUAACAUCAUAGAUGCCUCUACCAUUCUCGUUGAGAAGAACUCUGAGCUCAGUAACCAUGGAGUAAUUGAGGUUGAGCCUAAAACACAUAUGGACCCAUUUCAAUCAGAAAAAGCCCUCAAGAGGAAAACACCACCAAAGCCCACCAUCAGAAUGUCUACUUUGUGCAAGAAGAAGAAGGUAUGGUUCAAAAGCCCCGUCAUUGCCGAGACCUUUGAAGCAAAAACCAUCCCAGCGAUGAAAGUAACUAUUCACAACGAGAGCAAGCCAGUCUGUCAGUCCAGCCCUGCCGAGCAGAUUAAGCCUGAUGCAGACACAUUCGGGGCGGAUGAGAUCAGCUCAAAAGAAGCCAAACUUUUUGACUUUGUCAGUGAUGUUGACAGGGAUGAGUUCUUUCAGGGAGAAAGACAAAGAUGUGCUAGACUCAGAUGUUUUUCUUUAUUUCCUCUCACAGCUGCUAAACGCACAGAACCUGCUGUUCCAUGAUGUGUGAAGUUGAAAGGAGAAAGAAGUAAAAAGUAGUAUGUGUGGACUUGAAGACAGGAUGUCAAGGCUCCAGCAAUGGCUUUGUGUCCUUGGGCAAGGGACAGAGCCAAUUCACACAGUUGGUUGUAAUAUAUCUGUUUAUGAAAUACACUUUUCAUUUGCUCUUUAUUUUCACGCACUGUAAACACUCAAGCAAACCGGAUUUCCUGUUUAAUUUGCAUUAACACUAUCAAAAAAGAAAAAAAUGCAUGGUGCAAAAUGACCACUAGAUGUCAGACCUGUGUUUUCUUAGAUAAGCCAUCCUUUCUCAUGUUUUGACUGAUUGUUUUUCCAAUGUAUAUGUGAAAUAUGUUUGUGUAUUUUUAUUUACUAUUCUUGCAUAUGUGUUUGAUCUUAAGGUGUAAUGUAAGAUAAAUAUAAAGAUAGAAUGUAAGGUUUUUUUUUUAGGUUUCUCAUUGUAGUUUUCUAUAUUUGUGAGUCCUCUAUCUGCUUUCACUCAUUUAUGAGCGUCAGAAAAAAAUGUCUAAUAAAAAAAUAAAAAUAAAAUUAAUGUACAAUGUACAAUAAAUACAUAACUCACUUUGA